UCCGUUCCCCCCUCUAGAGCCGAUUGAUAACACAAAACCUCUCCCUCUUCUCUAUCCCCAAAAUCCAGAGCGAAGAGAAAACACACACAAACUUCCCUUCACAAAAUGGCGCUCUCCCUCUCCUCGCUCACCUCCUCCCUCUCCUCCCUCUCCUUCUCCUCUCACGUCUCCCCAACAAAACCCCCGUCUCUCUUCAACUCCUCAAAACCUCUCCAGAAUCACGAAAGAGACAUCCCACCCCCAUCGUCAGGGACGGGGUCCGCGGCGGAAGUCGAGGGUCUGAUCCUGGAGAAGUUCGUGAAGGCGAGGUUACCCGGGGGAUUCGCUGCUCAGACGUUGAUCGGGACCGGGAGAAGGAAAUGCGCCAUUGCUCGUGUCGUGAUUCAGGAGGGGAGUGGGAAGUUCAUCAUCAACUAUCGCGAUGCCAAGGAAUAUAUGCAAGGAAAUCCAUUAUGGCUGCAAUACAUAAAGAAUCCACUGAUGACAUUAGGCUAUGAGAGCACUUAUGAUGUGUUUGUUAAAGCUCAUGGAGGUGGGCUUUCUGGUCAGGCUCAGGCGAUUUCCCUGGGCAUUGCAAGAGCAUUACUCAAGGUAAGUGAGAACCACAGGGCCCCGUUGAGGAAGGAAGGCCUUCUCACUAGGGAUUCUCGCGUGGUUGAAAGAAAGAAAGUUGGUCUUAAGAAGGCUCGCAAAGCUCCUCAAUAUUCAAAGCGUUAAGGGUUUUCAGAUAUUUGUAGCUCAAUGAGCUGUUUGGUUCUGCUUCUUGUUCUUACUACACAUCGGACAAAGGUCACUUCGGAGUUGUGAAGAUAGAAUUUUGUAAUUGUUAUCGUUGUAUGCUAGUUUCUAAUGCAUAAUCCUCUUAGAUGCUUCAAGCCUAUGCAUAAUCUCCCCAAAUGUCACAAUUAUUACUUCUCAGGACGCCUUUUGCCAGCCUUUGUCCCUGUUUGCUGAUGCACAAUCUACAAACUUUGAACAGGAAUUCUGAAUAUGAAAAUUUGUAAACCUUGCUUUCUCAGUGUGCCAUCUACCUUCUGUGUAA